CAAUGGCUGCCGUCCGGACCCCGGAAGUGAAACCUGCCGGUCGGUCGCAACGCAACGUGAAAGUCAAACGGAGUAGAAAGAUGCUGGAAACGGCGUUGAGCGCGUUGUUUCGCGUCUCUCGCUGCUGCAGCUCCUGAUUUGUCUGUGUGUGGCGUGUUCGCCGUUUCUUCCGCGAUGUUUCGAGCGGCGCUCAAGCCUUGCCUUCUGCCUUCUGCAGCGUGGAGCCAGGUUCGGCUGCUCUGUGGAGGAGCGCCGACACAGCUGCGGGUCUGUCAGGCGCUGUCCGGGGCUGAGGUGGGCGCCCGCGUCCGGAUCCAGGGAUGGCUCCGCUCCGCCAGGUCGCAGAAGGCAAAUCUCUUCCUGGACAUCAACGACGGAAGCUGCCUCCAGUCUUUGCAGGUCGUCGCCAGGCCACAGCUGAACAACCCGUCGCUGACCUUCGGCUGUGCCGUGGAGGUGACCGGCCUGCUCAAGAAGAGUCCACACCCCAAGCAGCCGGUGGAGCUGGAGGCAGAGGACGUCAGCGUGGUGGGCGAGUGUGACCCUGUGGACUUUCCUUUCAAGAUCAAAGAGCGGCACGGACUGCCGUAUCUCCGGCAGUUCCCUCACCUGCGCUGCAGAACUAAGGUCUUCAGCGCCCUGCUGAGGCUCCGCAGCGAGGCCUCGGCGGCCAUGCACGCCUUCUUCAGGGACAACGGUUUCCUGCAGAUCCACACUCCCAUCAUCACGUCCAACGACUGUGAGGGAGCCGGAGAACUGUUCCAGGUGCAGCCUCCCUCUGCAGAAAGCGAGGACGACCACUUCUUCUCCGUGCCGACGUUCCUCACCGUGUCCGGUCAGCUGCACCUGGAGGUCAUGUCUGGGGCUUUCCCUCGGGUCUACACCUUCGGGCCCACCUUUCGGGCGGAGAACUCCCAGAGCAGACGGCACCUGGCCGAGUUCUACAUGGUGGAAGCCGAGGUGGCCUUCACUCGCUCCCUAGAGGACCUGACUCAGCUGAUGGAGCUCUUGUUCCGGCGGACCACCGAGCAGCUUCUUGCCCGCAGUGAUGCCGACCUGGACCUGUUUCACAAACACGUGACUCCUGGGCACCAGCUGGCUCUGGACCGGAUGAUGGAGAGGAAGUUCCCAGUAAUCAGCUACAGCGAAGCCGUGGACAUCCUGACGCGCAGCUCGCGCUCCUUCUCUUUCCCGACACACUGGGGCUGCGACCUGCAGACGGAGCACGAGAAGUUCCUGGUCCAGCACUGCGGCGACGUCCCCGUCUUUGUCACCGAUUACCCGUACGACCUGAAGCCCUUCUAUGCCCGAGACAACCAGGACGCUCCCAAGAGGACGGCCGCAGCUGUAGACCUCCUGGUCCCUGGAGUCGGGGAACUCUGCGGGGGGUCUCUGAGGGAGGAGAGGCCGGACCUGCUGCAGGCUCGACUGGAACACGCCGGACUGCGGGACACGUACGACUGGUACCUGGACUUGAGGAGGUUCGGCUCGGUUCCCCACGGUGGGUUCGGGAUGGGAUUUGAACGUUACCUUCAGUGCGUGCUGGGCGUGGACAACAUCAAAGACGUGACGCCGUUUCCUCGCCACGCCGGCUCCUGCCUCCUGUGAGGGCAUCAAACGUCUUUGGUGCCUUUCUGCUCCUGUGAUUGGCUCCUGACCGAGGUCCGGCCGAGCGCAGCCGUCACGGCCACCGAGGAGUCCGAGUGGUUUUUGCUUGCAAGGAUGACACGUCCUGAGGAAGUGAACCAGUUUCAGGUGGUCAUUGACAUAAGACCGGUGGAGCGUGCCGCUCAUGUUUAUCAAGGCUCUGAACCUUUUUGAUUCAAUAGAAGUGAUUCAUGACUCUUGGUUUCAUUUUUACAUGUAAACAAAGCAAAACCUUGUGAAAUGGCAUGAAGCCAUGUGAUCGUUCGUCAUGGAAAAGUCCAACCAGCAGCAGAACCAGGUGCAAGUCAUCAAAUUUACGAAAGAAAAAAAGGAAAAAAUACACUUGAUGCAAACUGUUGAGAAAAUUGGAAAAACUGAAUAAAGUCCUUAAUGAAAUAAAUAUGACAAAACCAUGUCUAAAUAUCACAAAAUAAUAUAUUUCAUUUAAACUCUAAAGAAGGUAUACGUAAAGUGUAAAAGAAACUAUUGCCAUUAAAUGUUCAAAUUCAUCUUCAAAACGGCUUCAACAGGCGCGUUGGUGAACAGUGUUUACUGUAGGGGGCGCCAUCACUUUAUCUUUUCUUUUCGAGAACUUCUCCAUCGUUGGUCACCAUCACAGAUUUGCAACUGUCGAGUCAAUGCAGUGCACACUACAGUCACCAUAUGUGGUUGAUGUAUAAAAAAACUGAGCGUCUCACGGCCCAAAGGUGCAAGACAAACUUCUAGCGGCCCUUUAGGGGGCGCCAGUCACUUGCCACCAUGGACUUGUUUUAAGUGUAUGGUGUCGAAGCACCAGAGGGAAUAAUCUGGUGUUGAGUCAAUUUGAUAGAAAUGUCCAGUGUGUAAGAAUGAAACCUGUUGGCAUGGAUUUUAUGAGUCUACAAAAUGAGGAUGAAAGAAUGCGUGAGAAGGAAGAGGGGAUAAACUGACUGAAUAUGAUGCUUCGUACGGGGAGAAGAAGGUAUAUAGCACGAUAUGAGGAGAGGGGAUGGAAUGUGGGGGGAUUUUUAACAUCUUUUUGGAUAACAAUGAUUUUGAACCUUUAUUUUUACGAGGAACCCAACUAAAAUGGAAGGCAUAAUUUGAUGAAUGAUGCAGUUUCUCCAAAGUAUAAAAAUAAAAAGUAUGAUAGUAAAUUUAAGUUGUAAUAAUAAAAUUUUAAAAUUGAUCCAAUAAAAUAAAGGAGAAGAAACUGAUCUGGAUUAUAAUCUGUAAAAUCAUUUGGAUUUAUCUGUGUAACAGGUCUGAAAGCUGAGACUUAAAAAAAGGAGGAGGUGGAUCUAAGUUUGAAAUAUAAUUAUUUCUCUGAAUUCCUUUUUUAUUCCUGGCUCAUGUGUCAUUGUUUUCAUGUGUCUGUUUUAAGUGUAUGGCGUCGGAGCGAGAUGAUUCAAGCCACUUUCGGUGAAACAUAAAUUCAAAGUGGGUCCGAACGACAUCGGUCGAGUUCAACGAUAAUGAUGGUUAGUGGCCGCACUGUGACCUGAGUUUUCUUUCAUGAAUUUGUUCUCUACCGCCUCCUCUCGCUGGAUGUGCAGAAGGUUGUACUGUUCCUUUAAGGUCGUUUUAACUGUAGCACUUGUAGAUUCCCACACUGGCAUGUUCCUUGAAUGCACCGUGAACUUGUCGGCGAAGGUACCAAAUGUGUCCCACCUGACGCGGAGUGAUGACGUCCGACAUAUGCGAUAUCUUUUUUUUAAUGUGUUAAUCAG